AUGAAUUUGUUUAAAAAAUCCAACCAUCAUCCCAGCAGCCGAAAUCGACCUAGCUCUCCAUCAUCUUUUGAGAUCCCUAGACUCUGCUUGACACGGCAGAAACGUUCUUCUUCAGUCGAUUCCUCAGAAGCCACUUUGGAAUCUGUAGAGAUUGCUUCUCCAGACACUUCGACUAAAGCAUCAAGUUCUGAUUCAAGCACACCGCGGCAACAUGACUUCGAGGGGUCUUCAGAUCACCUCAAGGUUCCUGUUUCGUCCACCAUAGAUGGGACACCUGGACAGCUAGGGUCAGUGACUGUGCAUGCCAACAAGAGGUCGAAUUCUUUCGAUAAUGCCACACAGUAUGUGGUCAACCUAUCGGAUGAUAAUUCCUCGGAUAAAGAAUGUGGAAGUGGUCAUAAUCUAGCAGUCCCAAAAAGACAGUUGCGUCGGGCAUCGUGGGAAAUCCCCAAGAUAUGUCUUCACUGUUUGCACAUAGAGACCUUGGCCAAUGAGCAACGGAUUAAGGCUUCUAGUGAGCCGACAUUUAUCUUUGGCGAAGACCGCGCUAGGGAACCGUCACCCACAUCCUCGUCAGGUUUCGCCAACAGUUCAAGCGACAAUGAAGACUUCAGUGUCAGUGAUAGUGAAAUCGGUGACGCCCAGCAGUGUCGCGGGAGCUUCUAUGAAGAUGUUACCAACGAAGGCGACUUGAAACUCAUCGUUCCCGUCGUCAGAGUCCUCACACAUUUAAGUAACACAGACAACGACAAUUUAGAGGAACUCAGUUGUGUAAUCGACGAUAGUAGAACUGGCAAUCGCAUGUCCUACACCGACGUUGUGAGCUUGGCGGUACCCGUUGUAAAACCGAGAUCCACGUCUUUGGAUGCCACCCUCAUCAUCGGGUCGCCCGUGGAUAUCUUUUUGGAGGAUGAGCCGCAAGAUAGUCCGAGAAAGAAGCAGAUACGAUCUAAAUCUGUGGAUUCUAAUAUGCCAAAAAGAGUGGCCACUUCUACAGCCCUCAUGUCUCUAGUGCAGCAGGGUUUCAA